UACGACUCUGAUGCCUGAGCUGAUCGAUGUUUCCCGAUUUGACUGGUAGUGUCUCGUAAGCAGUGCUUGACUGAGCUGUGGAGCCUACUGUGGUUUAAAGCUGACAGCUCGCCAGCAUGGGUCGACGCUCGUCUGACAGUGAGGAUGACAGCCGGAGCAGAAGGAAGAGAAAACAGCGUCGCCGUUCAUCCACCUCUUCCUCUUCUUCCUCAUCCUCCGGUAGUAGGGUGACAAGCAGUCGGAGCCGGAGGUCUAGUCGCCGGAGCCGUUCUCGCUCCAAAGACAGAAGGAGAAGAAGACGCUCCAGCAGCAGCUCAUCCCACAGUUCAUCUCGCAGGAGGAGGAGUCGAAGUGCAGAGAGAGACAAAGGGAGGAGCCACCGUUCACACAGGUCACGCAGCCGGGACAGAAGAUCUCAUUCGCACCACCGGAGGUCUCGCAGUAGGAGCGGCAGCCGCAGCCAUCGAGCAAGCCACAGUCGCAAGAGGACUCGCAGCAACAGCAGAGAGCGGGACCGGAGCCGACGCAAAGGCCGUGAACGGGAGAGGGAGAAAGAGAAGGAGCGAGACAGAGACAGGGAGAAGGACAGGGACAAGGACAGGAGCAAAGACAAAGCAGAGAAGAAGGGGGACGUCGGAAACAUCAAAGGUGGAUUGGAACAUCUGACUCCAGCAGAGCAGGCUAAGGUCCGAAUGCAUUUGGUUCUGCAGGCUGCAGCUAAGACGGAUGAGGUUCUGAAGGCCAAAGUAGCCAAGAGAGAGGAAGAGGCCCGGAAGAAACUGGAGGAGGAGGGAACUUCUCUGGAGGAGCAAGUGCGAAGGAUAAAGGACAUUGAGGCCAUCGAAAGUGAUUCCUUUGUUCCUCAGGCUUUCAAAUCAUCCCGGGAUGACAUAAAGGCCGAACCAGAAGAGGUGAAGAAGGAAUCGGACUGGGUAUCUUCCCAAGACAUCACUCUUCCUACGUCCAUAGUCUACAAUGACAUCGACACACUUGCUCAUCCUAGUCUGUUCAUGGACAAGGAAAAGGCUGAAGAGCUGUGGCUAAACAGACUGAUCUCACUGCGACAGGAGAGGCUGAUGGGAAGUCCAGUGACUUAAAGACCCAAGAAUCCUGCUGGUCCAACCUGAGCCUCAGUCUAGAUCUUCUCUUCAAACUUUUGUUGUCUCCAUCCAUCUGAUUAUCUUUCAUGUUUUUGGACAUUAGAGUGUUUUUUUUUAAUUUCCACAAACUAAGUCCUGUUUUAGUAGAAUGCAAACACAGUUUUUGAUCCUGAUGUGUUCAUUAUUUUUAUUAAAAUGAAUUAAUCAUU